AUGACGGGAGGUGCACCGCAGCCUCCCUCCUUCGCCCCGGAGGUUCAUAAGGGCGACAUCCCCAAGGAGUACCGACUGCAGCGAUACUACACGGCAGCAGACAUUGCAGGGCACAACACGGCCCACAACUGCUGGGUGUCGUUCUUCGGACGUGUCUAUGACUUGACACCUCUCUUGGCGGAGUACAAAGGUCCACUGGCACAGCCCAUCAUCGCCGCCGCGGGCUCCGACAUCUCCUUCUGGUUCGAUGAGGCCACCGGUCAGCCCAAGAUGCAUCUGGAUCCGGUCACAGGGAUGCAGGAGAUCUACUGCCCAUGGGGGCGCUACAUCCAUGUGCCUCCACAGGGCCCAGAAUCCGAUUGGGCUACCGAUUUCGGAACUCCUUGGUGGGAAGACACGCGAUAUUGGAUUGGCCUGCGCUCAGCUGCCACUCGAAAGAUUGGCAUUGUGAAUCUCAUGACAAGACAAAAGAAUACCUUGGAGGUGCCAGUGGAGGAGACGGUGGCAGAGAUUCAACAACGAUACCUGGUGCACAAUGCCCAUGCAGGUAGCUAUACCUGGAAAAGGCUUGGCAAGCCAUUGAACAUGGACAAGACACUGGCAGAGAACGGAAUGGAGGAUGAGACCGAAGAGUUCUUGCGCUUGUCCAUUGAUCUGGAUCACCACAUCCCGGUGAUCCACUUGCAUUUCAACGACGACUUGACCGAGGCUUGA